AUGUCCCAACAGCCACUGGUCGAUCCUCCCGAUCUGCGACUCGCUGCCUCGGCCCUUGUUGACGAGGAGGAUGCUUCGCAGAACAAUCCCGUUUCAGACUCGCAGACCGACAUCCUCUCUGGAUCCCGAAAGCGCAAGUCCGAAGAUGCCGGCCACUUCCGGUCGUCCAAGAAGCACUGCGAGGACGAUGAGAGCUACUGUGGCACCGUCGAGCGCAUCGAGCUGGUCAACUUCAUGUGCCACAAAUAUCUGGUUGUGGACUUCAACCCAAAGAUCAACUUUGUCAUCGGCCACAACGGCAGUGAGUGUCCAGCCGCCAGACCACACCCCCACAUCGCCACAGAACCGCAUUACUUGAGCCUCGGAUCUGAUUCGACUCGCUGUGCUUCGCCUCCUGAAGGUGGAAAGAGCGCCAUCCUCACCGGCCUGAUGAUCUGCCUUGGAGGCAAGGCGAGUUUCACCAAUCGUGGCCAGAAUCUGAAGAAUUUCAUCAAGGAAGGAGAGAGUUCCGCUGAGAUCACUGUCCGGAUUCGAAACACUGGCGAGGACGCUUUCGAGCCAGGCACAUAUGGCGACUUCAUCGAGAUCACUCGCAGACUCACCGCCGACAGCGGCAAGCCACACACCUACAAAAUCAUGUCCAGUAACAAAACCCUCGUCUCCACCAAGAAGGAGGACCUCGUAGCAAUCUGCGACCACUUCCAGAUUCAGGUCGAGAACCCGCUCGCCAUCCUGACGCAAGAUACAGCGCGCAUGUUCCUGGGCAACAGCACACCUCAGGAAAAGUAUCAGCUCAGCCAGCUCCACGAUGACUACAGCAUUAUCAAGCAGAACCUGCAAAAGAUGCGCGAAAGCACCCAGGUCCAGGUCAAGAGAAUCCUUGAGCUCAAGGAUGACAUCGUAAAACUCAAGGAGCGGAUGAAGGUGGGAUCAUUGCUUUAUCCUCAUCUGUUGCAGCAGGCAUAUUGGUGCCACGGGGCCCAGUACGCAGCGGUGUGGUUGACCAUGACUCUCCGACAGGAUCUUGAGCAAAUGGAGGACUACCAGGACACCAUCCACUCCUUGAAGAACGAGCUGAUCUGGGCGACCAUUGUCGAUCAAGAGCAGGCUUUGAAGAAGCAGCACGACGCUAUCGAAUCGCGACAGCGUAAGAUCAACCGACGAGAAGAGCACGUCAGUCAGAACAAUGCCGAGCUAGAGCGGCUGAACGAGGACAUUGAGCGCUGUCGGGAAAAGAUCGAGUCUCUGUCGUCACCAGUGUUCACCAGCCGCCUUCAAGAGCUGCAGAACGAGCGCGUCCAAAUCAAGGACGAGCUGCGCGAGUGUUUGUCUCAGAACGAAGAAGUGCAGGAAGAGAUCCGCAAGCUGACGGCUGAAAAGAACAAGAUCACAGCCAAGUUCGCGGCCGAGAAGAAGCGUCUGGGAGCCAGCGGUAACCGCGCUGAGCGGGAGCAAGAGCUGGAGGAUAUGAAGGAACGCCGGUCGGAAAUCACUACCAAGCUCGAAGAGAUGGCUGCCCAGCGUGAUGAGAUCGAUCAAGAGCUCGAGCGGUUCACCCAAGAGCGACAAGACGCCCGCGCCGAUCAAGGCGGGCUGAGUCGAAAGGUUGAAGACAUCCGCAAGCGCAUCGAAACGAUGCAGCAACAGACUCAGAACAGCGUGCUCGUCUAUGGCAAUGCCAUGCCCAAGAUUCUUGAAGAAAUCGAUCGACUCGACAGGGCUGGUCGAUGGGUUGGAUCCAAGCCGGUUGGUCCACUCGGAUUGUUCGUCAAGCUGCGAGAUGCACGAUACGGCGAGGUGAUCGAGUCCUGCCUCGGCCGAACGCUGAACGGAUUUGCCAUCAGCUCCAACAGAGAUAUCUCGACUCUCCAGGGCGUCCUCAGAAAGUUCAGGAGCGAUAAUCCGAUCAUUCGAUACACCAACGCGAGGAACUUUGACUUUUCCUCUGGAGAGCCUGAGGAGAAAUUUGUGACGAUCUAUCGAAUGCUCGAGAUUACCAAUCCGGUUGUACUCAUGUGUCUAGUGGUCAACCACAAUAUCGAGAGUAUCGCGCUGGUCAACUCCCGUGUCGAGGGCUUGGACAUGAUUGCGCACUUUAACGGCAUGCCUCACAACGUCCGGAGGAUCUACGAUCGACGCGACCUGUACGAGUGUGGUCAGAAGGGCAUGGAGGGCUCAUUUGCCCUCAACCGAUGGAGAGGGGCCAAGCGGCUUGUUACAAACAUCGAGUCUGAUAUUCGUGCCGAGCAGGAUGCCCUCAAAGAGAGCGCAGACCGGCUCGAGACCCUCAACAUGGAUAUCACUGCGCUCUCGGUGAAGAUUGAUGACCGCCAGAAGAAGCGGCAGAAGCUCGAGCUGAGGCGUGAAAGUACAAACUUGCAUCGGCGAAUCGACGAUCUUCAGACGGAACUCUCUGAAGACUCCAACCGUGGAACAAUCCAUGUCCUCCAGAACACACUGGAUAGCCUGGAGGCAAAGCUCGAUGAGUCCCAGGAAAAACUCACGAUCGUCGAGCGCCAGCGGCUGGACCUGGUCGCAAAGGACACACCAAUCAAGCAGCGAAUCGAGCAGCUGAACGCCGAGAACAGGAUGCAUCACGAGCAGGUCAACAAGCUCAAGCGAGAGUUGAACGCCUACCUCGAGAGCCAAGAUCAGAUACAGGGAACCAUUGCCACGGUCAAGGAGCAGAUCGAGGACUUUUCCCGCGAGCUCGAAAAUCUGAAGAGCGAAUACGACAAACAGUCGAGUGAGAUCGACGAGGCUGUGGAGACCGCUCUUGAAAUCACCCAGAAGCGAAUCACUACGCACAAAACCAUCGAGGUUCUCCAAAAGGAAAUCUCGCGAGUAGCAGCCCUUGCUACUGAGCAGGCCAAGCGGCACGGCGACAAGGAGGCUGUGUCGAAGCAGUAUGAAGCCAAGGUGACCCAGUACAACCGCAUCAAGAAGCAGAUCAAGGACUUCAAAGGACUCCAGGAUAAGAUUGAGUCUGCUGUCGAAAUCCGUGCCUCUUCGCUCGUUGCCUUCCGCGAAUUCAUCAUCAUGCGCGCCAAACUGCUGUUCCAAGAAAUCAUGAAGAAGCGCGGAUACGACGGCAAGCUGGAAUUCCGGGAUGGUGGACUGUUUUUGCGGGUGUCGGUCGAAGACCAAGCCAAAGCCCAGAGCCUAUAUUCCGAGACACAAAGCAACAAGUCAUCAACAUCCAAAGAUCCCAAGUCACUCUCUGGAGGAGAAAAGAGCUUCUCGACCAUCUGCUUGCUUCUCUCUAUAUGGGACGGCAUGGCCAAUCCGUUCCGGUGCCUGGACGAGUUCGAUGUUUUCAUGGAUGCCGUCAACCGUCGUAUAAGCAUGAAGUUCUUGAUCGACUAUGCCCGUAGCCGCGAGAAGCAACACUGCCAGUACAUACUGAUUACCCCCCAAGAUAUGAGCUACAUCAAAGGCAUUGAUAGUGGCGAUGUCAAAGUCAGCCGGCUCGAGGACCCAAGUCGAAACGGCGGCUAUCGGCAGCGGACGCUGGAUGAGUUUACCGUGUGA